AUGUCUCGCGACCAGAAUUUAGUGAAGAUGAGCGCCAGUCCAGUUGCGCAGCACCAUGCAGCUAAGGCACAGUCUUUGUCCAAUGAUAUUCUUUCCUUUUCAUCUGUGGGUCGUACGCAUGUUGUUGGAUAUGCAAGCGAAGCAUCUGAAGAAGACCAGACGUUGCAUUCGGGAGAGGAGACGACGUGCGCCAAGCGCGCAAUGGUGCCAGCAAUUGACACCCAAGCUCUCGGCUGCCUUUUCCCGCUCUUCGACAACCCGUCGAAUAGAUGCAUGAUGACUGAGGCAUCAUUCAAAUAG